GUUUUACUUGGAGGACAGUUUAUGUGCCCGGUUAUGUUCCAGAAUCCGAAACAAGAACAAGGCCUAUCUCAGAUGAGGGAUACUAUUGUCACCACAGAUUUUAAGCCACCAUAAGGUGAUCAAUGACGGCUUUGGUCAGCCAUGGCUGUGGUGUCAUGGAAGGAGAUUUUACUUUUGACUGGACUGGUGGUGGGAUGUUACUGGAACAGUCUGUCGUGUGGCUUUGUUUUUGAUGAUGUCUCAGCAAUCCUUGACAACAAGGACUUGCGGCCCCUUACCCCUCUACGCAAUCUGUUCCUCAAUGACUUCUGGGGAACACCCAUGGCCGAGGAGCGGAGCCAUAAAUCUUACAGACCCCUGACUGUACUCACUUUCCGACUGAACUACCUCUUCAGUGAGCUGAGUGCAGCUUCCUACCAUCUGCUCAAUGUUGUUUUACAUGCUGUAGUAUGUGUGCUCUUCCUGCGAGUGUGCAGAUUGUUCCUGGACAAAACUUCCAGCUUGGUGGCAGCAUUGCUGUUUGCUGUGCACCCCAUCCACACUGAAGCUGUCACAGGUGUGGUUGGCCGAGCUGAACUUCUUUCUUCAAUCUUUCUCCUGGCUGCUUUCCUGGCCUACACUAAAUCAAAAGGUGCAGACCACUCCAUUGUUUGGGCUCCCAUCGCUCUGACAGUUGUUCUAGUGGCUGCAGCAACACUGUGUAAGGAGCAGGGAAUCACUGUCGUCGGCAUCUGCUGUGUCUAUGAAGUGUUUGUUGCACAAGGGUUUACCUUGCCCAUGCUGUUGGACACAUUACGGCAAGUCUUACAAGGAAAAGACGGUUUCCCCUAUGCUGUCCUGCAAACUCUGCUAAAGCUUAUUGUCCUCAUCAUCAGCACACUAUUGCUCGUCAUCAUCAGGGUUCAAGUCAUCCAGUCUCAGCUUCCUGUCUUCACCAGAUUUGAUAACCCUGCAGCAGUCAGCCCCACUCCCGCUAGACAACUCACUUUCAACUACCUACUUCCUGUGAAUGCAUGGCUUCUGCUGAAUCCAUCUGAGCUCUGCUGUGACUGGACUAUGGGAACCAUCCCUCUGGUGGAGUCACUUCUAGACCUGCGAAACCUGGCCACCCUUGUGUUCUACACUUUUCUGGGCCUGCUAGCUUACCACAGCCUGCGUUACAGACACAGCUCUGCAAAGACUGUCAUCAUGGCCCUGUCUUUGAUCGUCCUGCCUUUUAUUCCUGCGUCCAACCUCUUCUUCCCUGUGGGUUUUGUUGUGGCAGAACGGGUACUUUAUGUACCCAGCAUGGGAUUCUGUGUCCUUGUGGCGCAUGGAUUCAAGAUUGUCUCACAUAAAGGACACUUGAAGAAAGUUUCCUGGUUGAUCAUUGGAGUUCUUUUAACAACACAUGCAGUGAAAACCUUCAACAGGAAUUGGGACUGGGAGUCAGAAUAUACUCUGUUCACCUCAGCCCUGAAGGUUAACAAGAACAAUGCCAAGUUGUGGAACAAUGUUGGCCAUGCUCUAGAGAACCAAAACAGUUAUGCAAGGGCUCUGCGGUAUUUUCUCCAGGCCACUCGCGUCCAGCCAGAUGACAUUGGUGCUCACAUGAAUGUUGGAAGAACCUACAAGAACUUGAACAAGUCCAAAGAGGCAGAAGAUGCUUACUUGGUUGCCAAAUCUCUCAUGCCUCAGGUAAUUCCUGGUAAGAAAUAUGCCACACGUGUGGCCCCUAACCACCUGAACGUUUACAUAAACCUGGCCAAUCUGAUCCGGGCCAACGAAUCGAGGCUGGAGGAGGCUGACCAGCUCUACCGACAAGCAAUCAGCAUGAGACCAGACUUCAAACAGGCCUACAUCAGCAGAGGGGAGCUGCUGCUGAAGAUGAACAAGCUCACAGAAGCCCGGGAUGCCUACCUCCGGGCCUUGGAGCUUGACCGCACCAACGCUGACCUGUGGUACAACCUAGCAAUCGUCAACAUUGAGAUGAAGGACCCAUCAGAGGCCCUGAAGAACUUCAACCACGCCCUUGAGCUAAACCCACGCCACAAGCUGGCGCUAUUCAACUCAGCACUUCUCAUGCAGGAGUCUGGCGAGCCAAAAUUCUGGCCUGAAGCCAACCGUCGUUUCCUGAUCUAUGUGGAGGAGGAUCCUGAAGAUGCCAACGGCUACUUCAACCUUGGCAUGCUGGCCAUGGAUGCCAAUGAAAAUGCAGCAGCUGAGCGGUGGAUGCGUAAAGCCAUUGGUUUGCAAGCUGGGUUCCGUAGUGCACUGUUUAACCUGGCACUGCUUUAUUCUCAGUCCAAACGCGAGAUGGAUGCACUGCCUGUGUUGGACGAGCUGCUGCGUCACCACCCAGAGCACAUCAAGGGCCUCAUCCUGAAGGGUGACAUCCUCAUGAACCACAAGAAGGACACACAUGGUGCUAAAGCCUGCUUUGAGCGCAUUUUGCGCAUGGACCCCACCAAUGUGCAAGGCAAGCAUAACUUGUGCGUGGUCUACUUUGAGGAGCGCGACCUGCCACGUGCCGAGCGCUGCCUGGAGGAAACACUGGCCCUGGCACCAAACGAGGAGUACGUGCGUCGUCACUUGAAUAUUGUUCGAAGUAAAAUGGCAGCCAUGAGCGCAGCAGGGCAACCUCUUACUGCGGCAGGUGGAGCCACCAUAUUGGCUAAGGAGGAAAAGCCGAAGAGAGUUAAAGAGGGAGCGGAGGAAGUUGCUGAGGGUGAGAAGGAAGGGAGGGGUGCUGAUGCUGUUGUGAAGGGGGCUGGGGAGGAGAAGAAUGAGCGGAAAUCCUCUACAGAAAGCCUCGGAGGUGUGGGUGUGGACCAAUCAGAAUCUUUGGACAGUAGCCAGUCUGACAAGCAGACUAAGGGUAAGUCCACUAAAGAGAUUAAAGAUAUAGAGAAAAAAAGGGCAGCUGCCUUGAAGAGACUAGAGGAGAUUGAGCGCAUAUUAAGUGGUGAUUGACACUGUUGUAAUUUAUAGCUGGACUACUUUUAUAGAGCUCUUUAAUGCUCCAAAAUAAGACUGCAUUUUCCCCCCUUGGAAAUUGUGUAUUCCUAAUCAAUUGUCAUUUUAUUCCUUUGAUUCAUUCACAUGUUUGCAGGCUGCUCGGCAUGGCCCUGUUGAUUUAACACUAAUCAUGUAAGGAAGGGAAAUGUUGAUCUGCACAUGAAACUCAUGUAACAAAGCACAAAGCCAAUUUGGGAUAAUCUAUUUAAAGCUUAUGGCAGAUGUAGUUGCCAGCGUGUGUCUUUCAUCUGAAUGUGAUUUCACAUAUCGUAGAUCUGCAGUAGCUAUAAAUAUUUGUUUUUCUAUGUGUAGUCAUUGUUUAUCACUGGAUUUUUUUUUUCACUAAGAUGUGACUCACUUGUUAUUGUUUUUAAAAACGGAUUGAUUGUAUCUUGGACAAUUAAAGGAAAUGACGUGUUCCCCAGAUAUCCUCAAGGCAGGAUGAUAUCUGCAGAGUUCGCGCCUCAAAAUAACCCAAACCACACAAACAGCAAAAUAACCCUCCACUCUACAUCAACAGCAGGCUCACACAUCUUCUAAUCUUUAUUGAUCUCGCUCAGCACUUCCUGACACUACAUCAUCAGCCUCUGUGCUAAAAGCUGCCUUCACCUCGAAAUUUCAUUGUGAUCCCAUCUAAACACCAUUAUUUCACUCCCUUUGUCACAUUAGCUCCUCUUAUCUUAGCGCCUGUCUCCCAUUCUUUAGACACAGCAACCCCAGAUGAUUGUUUUCCCUAUUUUAUUUUUUUUUUACCAUUCACAUUGCUUUGACCACGCCAUUUUAUGUGAUGGUCAACAAUAAUGCACACGUGUUCCCAGCAUCAGGCUUCAUCAUGUGUUACUCAUUUUCAAGUUCCUCCCACUCUACAAGGAGAGUAUUCACAGCACAUCUGCAAAUAAACAGCUCACUUUAUUGAUGCAGCUCCAAAGCCAUGUUGUUUUAGCUCACUGGCACUAAAAUAACAUUUGGAUGUUUGAAGUAGCCUUUGUAUUGACUCUAUUCAGCAUUAACACUCGUGAUCACUUGCAAUAAAAAGUUCUUACAACCAUCAUCUAAGACAGCAGUGGGUGAGCAGUCAAAAUCAGGCUAUAAAAUAAUGGACACAGCCAAUGUGAAACUCCCCAUUGGUGUGUGGACUCCCAUUUUGAAGCCUUGAAUUUGCCAUUUAGUUAAUUCUGAAUUUAAAUUCAUUAUUUGCUAUUGUCAGACAAUGACAUUUAAAGUGACUCCAACAGUUUAACUGCCAGUGACGGGCUUAUAGAUGCACUAGCAAAGUGUUGAAAAAAGUUAAGCGUCUAGAAUAAUUUCAAAAUUUACAGAUGCCAGAUAUGCCAAAGAAAACUGGCUUAUCACAAAUCUACGAGCUUGGCAAAUCACCUGAAAAACUGCAUCUGCAGCUUAGCCACCUUGCAAAGUAUUUUUUUUUUUUUUGAUUAUUAUGGCUAAUGUUACUGUGACCUACAUGCUAACAAAGGGGCAGGAACACAUAAUGAAGCCCCUUCCAAGCUACAGUUAAUCACAAAAAAAUCUUGACAAAACCUUUUGGGACACCAUUAGCCAAUACUGUGUCAAUCAGGGGUUAUGCCAUGGAUACUUUACUCAACCAACAUUGUCGCUGUGGUAGUAACUUUUAAACAGACGGCACUCACCUGUCACUCAAAGCAGCAGCACCUUUAAGUAUGCAUAAUUUUAAGCCUUAAUAACAUUUAAACAGGUGAGCUAUAAGAAAAUUGCCUCUUGUACAUGUUUAUUUCUGCUGUAAAGUUGGACAUUUUAACAUGAGGGUCUAAAGGGAUUGGCUUACUCUUUGAGCACGCCUUAGGUGGCCAGUCAAGAACCUGCAGUUUUUGGAACUUCGAUGUUGACUUCCUUUUAAACCCCAGAGGUUGCCACUGGAUAUAAACUCAAAAAAUAUCAACAAUGUCCAAUGAAUCACACUCACUGCAAAGCAAGUUAAGUUCAAAUUAUUCUCCCUUGCAAGCUGAUGUUAAUGUCCUCACAGUACCCACAGUGUUCCUGAUUUUACUUCACAGUGCAAUAAUUUGUUUCAGUACGACGACCCCCUGCUCAGUGCAAUUCGAAAUAGUGGAAUGACAGGAAAGAAGAGUGAUCACUGUAAGAUAGCAGCACUGUGGUGGUACUAAGGAGCCUUGCUAUGCAUUGACUUUGUUUAGCCCUGAAAUUCUAUGUACAUAUAUUUACAGUGUUCUUGUAUCCAGUGUUAUUUAUUAUAUGUUAUUAUGCACUGCAAAUGCUGUAGAUGUUUUUGUUUACCACUUACAGUAUGCUUUAAAUUCAUGGUGCAUUAUUUGUCUUUAUUAAUUUUCAUUAUGCCACUUGUAAAACCUUUCAUAAAUGUUUUUCACUUUUAAACAACAGAGCCAUGUCAGUGUUAAACAUGUAUGAAAUUUAUUUAGCCAACUGUCCGCCCCAAAAAAUAGGUACAGCUUUGAAUGAGAAAACAUCUCGUUUGCAACAUUUUCUGUUUCACCUCAUUUUUCUGAGUGGCUGAUUUUUGUACAAUUUUUUUUUUCUUUUUUUAUGCAAUAGCCCUGGGUGGUGGGGGUUUAGGUUAAUAAAUAAAGUCAGAUGACAACUCA